GGCCGACACAAACAGACCACCAAAACGACAACACCUCUACUUUUUUCCUAUUCAUCUGCACUUCACGAGCACUCGGAGUCUUAAUGGACACCAUUUGCAUAUUAUAUGUCAUCGCCAUUAUUGUAUAUAUUAUGACCAAUAGUACCGGUAUUCCCGGAGGAAAUGCUGGACUUUUGUUAUCGUCGGCCCUAUCAAUGACUUCUGUGUUUCAAUUCUGUGUUAAAUCGUCGGCCGAUACCGAGUUAUAUAUGACUUCUGUCGAGCGAGUGCUCGAAUACACGGCUAUUAAACCCGAGGCAGACUUCGAGUCCACUCCCGAUCGGAAACCACCCAAAAAUUGGCCACAAAUGGGAGAAAUAGUGUUCAAAGAUAUUAGUCUUCAAUACAACGAAUCGCCGCAUAAAGUGCUCAAAGAUAUCAAUGUUUGCCUCAAAGGGGGAGAAAAGGUGGGAGUCGUGGGCCGGACGGGCGCCGGCAAGUCGUCACUCAUUGCAGCCCUCUUUCGACUCACAGAAUCUUUAGGACAGAUAUUGAUAGACGGGGUGGACAUCAAAACUAUUAGUUUGCAUGACUUGAGAAGUUGUAUAUCAAUCAUACCUCAGGAUCCGGUGCUUUUCACGGGUUCGGUGCGCAAGAAUUUAGACCCUUUUGGUGAACACUCAGACGACAAGCUCUGGUCAGCUCUGUCUGACGUACAGCUCCGGGAUGUCGUGCAGUCAAUGCCGGGACAGUUGGACGCAGUGGUGACAGAAGGGGGCAGUAAUCUGAGUGUAGGUCAGCGCCAAUUGGUAUGUCUGGCGAGAGCUAUACUACGAGACAAUCGGAUACUAGUGUUAGACGAGGCGACCGCUAAUGUCGACCACAGAACCGAUGCUCUCAUUCAGACCACUAUUAGACAGAGGUUUAGAUACUGUACUGUCAUUACGAUUGCCCACAGACUCAACACUAUCAUCGACUCCGACAAAGUGAUGGUAAGCCAGGACGCGCAUCAAAUACUUGUGCUCAACGACGGCGAGUGUGUGGCCAUCGGGUCCUACACUCAGCUCAAAGAGCGCGGCAUUGAUCUCAUGGCAUAUCAGAGACAAACCGAUGGACAAAAUGAUAGCAUAGCUGUGAAGAGGAGAACAUCUCUCACACCAUCGAUGGUCUCAUCUCUUAGUGAGAGAUCGGAAGUGACGGACGUAAGGGAAGGGGGAAAAGUGGACGAACAGGAAGUUAAGGCAGAACUCAAAAUAAUUGGAUCCGUAGAGUCCAGUGUUUAUUUGGCUUAUAUUAAGGCCGGCGCCGGAACUCUGCUCGUAAUUCUUACCAUUUUGACUAAUGAAGUGCGCAAAACGCCUGAUAAAAUGGAUCAAACAUUCAACAUAAUUAUCUACACGAGUCUAACCUGUGGUCUGUUUGUGUCGGCCCUGUUGUCCAUCAUUUGUUUCUACAUAAUGUGUAUGAGAUCUUCGGUUAAUCUCUAUAACAUAAUAUUCUGUGCGUUAUUGCGAUCACCGAUACAUCUGUUCGAGAGCUCACCCAUUGGACGAAUACUAAACAGAUUUGCAAAAGACACGGGAAUUGUGGACGAAUUGUUACCAUCGGUUGCUUACGAUUGUCUUAUUAGCCGCGAGGGAUAUAAAGCGUUUGGAGGGGUU